AUGGUCCCAACCAUCAUUGGAGUCAACGAGGCUUCCAAGGGUACGCGGGACCAUGAAGAGCGCAGGCGGGAAAGUGCGCGUCAAGAGCGCUGUUACCUUUCAGUCCAAUGCAUGCCCUCAAAUGGAUUACUGCCCCAAAGCCUGGCAAUUCAUAAUGCGAGAGUAUACUUGGGCGCGGAUAAAAAGAUGUACAUCACCAAAUCUACCGAUUCACAGCUUGUCCCACUAAAUGGUUCCUUCUACCAACAUCCGGAUUUCCCCCCUGAUAACACAUCGGGGUUUGUGACCAUCACAGGCGAAACGCCUCCAACUCUACGUUGGGUUUAUGUUGAUUUGCAGACCCAUGAGCUACGAUGGGGAGGGAAACAGGAUAGCGAAGGAAACAUAUGUGGCCCUUUCGAUUGGACACAAGAUGAAGAGCGGAUCACACUAGAGGGCUGGGAAGGUUGGCUGGCCGUGCGGGUUCCGGACGACGAGAAGAUAUCUGAGGUGGUUGGUGUGGAGAAUAGCCAGGAUCUGUGGAGAUUAUAUUUCGACAACAAUGACGAUGGGGCCGACUUGCCUCAAGACGCGGAAGUACUAGAAGUCACAAUCAAGCGAACCGCGGCGGAAUCCUAA